UUUAAAGCGGCGGAUGUGGAUACUCACUCUCCUCGUGUAGCUCCAACCUCUGCAACCUCAAAUGCCUCAAACGUGAAAGCCCUCUCAUUCCAAACCCAGAAUUGAAAAUGAAGCUCACUCGUCCUCAUCGACCCCUCACAAAUUCCACCAUCUAUCCAAAACCAAGAAGCCUCUGUACCUCCAAAUUCACCUCCCAAGAUAAUGACGAAAACGACUCGCACUUCGUGUCGAUCCUCGGAGACAUCGUGCGAGGAAACCAGAGCUGGAAAGUCGCGCUCAACAACACCUACAUUUCGAGCACGUUGAGGCCCGACCACGUCGAGAAGGUCCUGAUCCAAACCCUGGACGACUCCAGGUUGGCCCUCAGGUUCUUCAAUUUCUUGGGUUUGCACCAGAAGUUCAACCACUCGCCGACGUCGUUUUGCAUUCUGAUCCACGGUCUGGUCCAGUCCAAUCUCUUUUGGCCGGCGUCUUCGCUUAUGCAAACGCUUUUUCUUCGUGGGUUAGACCCAAAAGAGGUUUUUGAACAUUUUUUGAUUUCUUAUAAGAAAUUUAAUUUUGCUUCGAGUUUGGGUUUUGAUUUGUUAAUUCAGAAUUAUGUGCAAAAUAAAAGAUUCUUCGAUGGUGUAUUGGUUGUGAAGCUCAUGAAAGAGAAUAAGCUGUUGCCUGAAGUUAGAACUUGGAGUGCCCUUUUGAACGGGCUAGUGAGAAUUAGGCAAUUUGAUGUAGUUUUACAAUUGUUUGAUGGGUUUGUGAAUGCGGGUCUUAGGCCCGAUGUUUAUAUGUACACCGUGGUGGUUCGGAGUUUGUGUGAAUUGAAAGAUUUUCUUAGAGCUGAGGAAAUGAUUCGGCGGGCGGAGUUGAAUGGAUGUGAUACGAGUGUUGUGAUGUAUAAUGUGUUGAUUCAUGGGCUCUGCAAAAGCCGAAAGGCUUGGGAGGCUGUUGAGAUUAAGAAUUCAUUAAGCAGAAAGGGAUUGAAAUCGGAUGUGGUUACAUAUUGUACAUUAGUACUUGGUUUGUGCAAAGUGCAAGAAUUCAUGGCCGGGAUGGAGUUGAUUGAUGAAAUGAUUGAGUUGGGGUUUGCUCCAAGUGAAGCUGCUGUUUCUGGAGUUGUGGAAGGAUUGAGGAGGAGCGAUAGAAUUGAAGAGGCUUAUAAUGUAGUAAAUAGGGUGGAGAGAGUGGGGGUGUUGCCUAGCUUGUUUGUUUACAAUGCAUUGAUCAAUUCUUUGUGCAAAGAAGGGAAAUUGGACGAAGCAGAGUUACUUUUUAAUAACAUGGGCAAGAAGGGUUUGUUUCCAAAUGAUAUCACUUACUCUAUUUUGAUUGAUUCAUUUUGCAGAAGAGGGAAUUUAGGUAUUGCAUAUUGUUAUUUUGGUAAAAUGUCAGAAGCAGGGAUAAUAGCUACUGUGUAUCCCUACAAUUCUUUGAUAAAUGGGCAAUGCAAGUUUGGGAAAUUGAGUGAAGCAGAGUUUCUCUUUAAUCAGAUGAUUGAUAAAGGAUUAGUGCCAACGGUUGCAACCUGUACAUCAUUGAUAAGUGGAUACUGCAGAGAAGGAGAACUGCACAAGGCAUUUAGGCUAUAUCAUGAGAUGACUGGGAAGGGCAUUGUGCCGAAUACUUACACCUUUACUGCACUUAUUUCUGGUCUCUGUAGUGCUAAAAUGAUGGGUGAAGCAAGUAAAUUGUUUGAUGAAAUGGUUGAGCGAAACAUUCUGCCAAAUGAGGUGACCUAUAAUGUUAUGAUAGAGGGUCACUGUAUGAAUGGUAACACAGUCAGAGCCUUUGAAUUGCUCGAUGAAAUGGUUGAGAAGGGUCUUGAACCAGACACGUAUACAUAUAGGCCUUUAAUUAGUGGUCUUUGUUCUUUGGGUAGAGUUUCUGAAGCCAAAGAAUUGAUAGACGACCUUCACAAAGAGCAUCGUAAGUUAAAUGUGAUGUGUUAUAGUGCACUUGUACAUGGUUACUGCAAGGAGGGGAAAAUGAAGGAUGCAUUGAGUGCUUGUCGUCAGAUGGUUGAAAGAGGAGUAGACAUGGAUCUUGUGUGUUAUACGGUACUCAUUUGUGGAACUCUAAAGCAGCAUGAUACGAGAACAUUAUUUGGUCUCUUGAAGGAGAUUCACGAUCAAGAACUGAAGCCCGAUGAAGUUAUAUAUACUAGUAUGAUAGAUGCAUACAGCAAAGCAGGAAAUCUUAAGAAGGCGUUUGGGAUAUGGGAUAUGAUGGCUUCUGAGGGAUGCAUUCCUAAUGUGGUGACAUAUACUGCCUUGAUAAAUGGCUUAUGUAAGGCAGGAAAUAUGGAUAAAGCUGAGCUUCUUUUAAAAGAAAUGCUAGUUGGCAAUGACCUUCCCAAUCAAAUCACAUAUGGUUGUUUCCUUGACUACCUUACAAAGGAUGGAAAUAUGGAGGAAGCUGUACAGCUGCACGAUACAAUGCUUAAAGGGUUUCUAGCAAACACUGUGACGUAUAAUAUACUUAUCCGGGGUUUCUGCAAAUUGGGUAAGAUUCAGGAAGCCACCAAGCUCCUUGUUGGAAUGACUGACAACGGUAUCUUUCCAGAUUGUAUUACCUAUUCGACUUUUAUCUAUGAGCACUGUAGAAGCGGUAAUUUACAGGAAGCUAUUAAGUUGUGGAACACCAUGCUAAAUAAGGGUCUAAAGCCUGAUACAUUAGCAUAUAAUUUUAUGAUUUAUGGUUGCUGCGUUACUGGAGAACUCACCAAGGCAUUUGAAUUACGUGAUGACAUGAUAAGAAGGGGGGUGACGCCAAAUCGGGUCACAUAUAAUUCUCUUAUUCAUGGAACUUGCUUAAAAAGUCCAGUUCAGUCUACCUAGAUAUGUUGGAGAAUAAUUUGUCAUACUUGUUGAAGUAGGUCAAUAGUCUCUGCGACAUUUUACCAGUGUCUUUCUAUUUGCUGUAGAAGAAUCAUGGUUGUUGAUGAUUACAGUUUUUACCAAUCUAACAAUCUGCAUUGCCAGUUAAAGAUGACUAGAUUCUUUUCUGUAUGCAAGUAAAUUUGUAACUAGGAGGUGAAGGAGAGGGAAUGUGCCAUGUAAAUUGAGGAUGAAGGGAAUCUUUAACUGAUUGUUUGUCUGUUAACAACAGACUCUUGUAAGCACUUUUUUGAAGAAAAUGAAAUUGAUGCUGUCGUAAUAAUAGUCUGUGUUACAAUGGAAAUUUGCUCCCUUUGGUUGAGUUGGCCUCUG